AUGCGUGAAAUUGUUCAUUUACAAGCAGGUCAGUGCGGAAACCAAAUUGGCGCUAAGGUAAGUUAUGUUGAAGUGAAUUUCUGGAACUUUUGCUUCACUUUUGAUGUGCGAAAUUGUCGUUUGCUGUCGUGGCUGAUUGCCCAACCAUUUCAUCGUUAUUCCUCAGUUUUGGGAAGUCAUCUCGGACGAACACGGAAUUGAUCCUACCGGUACCUAUCAUGGUGACUCUGACCUCCAGUUAGAAAGAAUAAAUGUUUACUACAAUGAGGCAACCGGUAAGUAUUUACAUGUAAGCUUAAUAAAGUAAAAAGCUUGAUUCAGUCUGACAUGCCUUUGCACGGCAAUAAAAUUUCAGUGUGCUGAUGUUUGUACGGGUUUAUUUGUUCAAUGUUAGGAGGAAAAUAUGUACCGCGAGCAGUUUUGGUCGACCUAGAACCCGGAACAAUGGACUCUGUUCGCUCUGGACCUUUCGGACAAAUUUUCAGACCUGAUAAUUUUGUUUUCGGUAAGUCAGCUAGUUUUAAAGAUAUGGGUUAGUUUAGGCCUUGGAUAAUAUUUUGUCUCGAGCAGAUGUGUAUACUAGUCAACAAAAUAUCAAAGUCACCGAUCAGACAACGCACGAACAGACCUCUUUGAAAUAAUGAGCUUAAUUCUCUCACCCACAAACGUCCGUGUGCAAAGUCCAACCUGUUGAACUGUCAGAUUCUAAAGUAAGCUGGAUCUUAUCGUCGACUUUUUUCUCAUAGUAACAACUGCGCGUCAAUAAGUUUAUACAUUUAAGAGAAAAAAACUGAUUUACACAAGUUAUUCAACUUCUGUGUAUUUGAAACUUUUCCAGACUUUUCCUUGCGAAAAUGUCGGCUAAAAGCGUAAAUACUUAACGUAGUUUGCGAAAAAAGAAACUGACGUACAAAAAAACCUAGUAAUGUUCCUGUGUCGUUCAACCUGUUUUACACGAUGAUCAUAAGGAAACGUGAAGAAGAGGAGAAAGAAAGUAAAACUGAUCACCACGCUCCAAGACGGGGGGGUGUAUGAAUUGCUUCUCAUGUGAACCUUUCCACAAACUAAGAAAUCCUGUAACCAGAGUAGCAAAGCCAGAGCUUAUCGCUCGUUGUUUUCUUUUUUUGUUUUUGUUUUUACAAUGCAGGACAAAGUGGUGCUGGUAAUAACUGGGCGAAAGGCCAUUACACAGAAGGCGCCGAGCUCGUAGAUUCUGUACUUGACGUUGUUCGAAAAGAAGCGGAAAGCUGUGAUUGUUUGCAAGGUUUUCAGCUCACACACUCUCUAGGAGGUGGUACGGGCUCAGGAAUGGGGACUCUUUUGAUUUCAAAGAUCCGUGAGGAAUACCCCGACCGUAUUAUGAACACGUUUAGCGUUGUUCCUUCCCCUAAAGUGUCAGACACCGUCGUUGAACCCUAUAAUGCCACCUUGUCGGUUCAUCAGUUGGUUGAAAACACGGAUGAGACGUACUGCAUCGACAACGAGGCCCUUUACGAUAUCUGCUUUCGGACUCUGAAGCUCACAACACCAACAUAUGGCGACUUAAACCAUCUUGUUUCCGCCACAAUGAGCGGUGUAACGACUUGUCUACGAUUUCCCGGCCAGGUUUACUUAAAACUUUUUAUCUUUUUUUAAAAAAGAAACAAUAGUUAAAUAGGGUAAUAUGGUCCACAGAAAUAAAAUUCCUUAUAGCAGUGAAAUUACUGUUUUUUUAUACGUCCCAAAGACAUAAAUUUAUGCACAGUGUCAGAAAUGUUGCAACUCAAGAACAAGCUAACGUUUUUGUCUGCUUGACUCUGUUAUGUUUUAUAUACAAGUCAAAGGUCAGCAAGUUUUAUGUCCAAACGUUUGAUUUCCAAGUUAGCUUGAACACCCUUUCGAAGGCCAAGCCUAUUAUAUUAAAUGCAAUGAUGCUAAACAUUUACGAUCACUUCAACUUUUUUCCUGUUGUUUCAUCAUGUUCUAGCUCAACGCUGAUUUGAGAAAACUAGCUGUGAAUAUGGUUCCAUUCCCUCGUCUUCACUUCUUUAUGCCUGGAUUUGCUCCACUGACCAGCCGCGGUUCCCAACAGUACCGUGCACUCACAGUUCCUGAGUUAACUCAGCAGAUGUUCGAUGCCAAAAACAUGAUGGCAGCCUGUGAUCCUCGCCAUGGCAGAUACCUGACUGUCGCUGCCAUGUUCCGUGGCCGCAUGUCCAUGAAGGAGGUCGACGAACAGAUGCUGAAUGUACAAAACAAGAACAGCUCCUACUUUGUGGAAUGGAUCCCUAACAACGUCAAGACUGCAGUGUGCGAUAUCCCUCCUCGCGGCUUGAAGAUGUCUGCCACCUUUGUGGGUAACAGCACCGCUAUCCAGGAACUGUUCAAGCGCAUCAGUGAGCAGUUCACUGCUAUGUUUCGGCGCAAAGCUUUCUUGCAUUGGUACACAGGAGAGGGUAUGGAUGAGAUGGAGUUCACUGAGGUGUGUACCUUAUGCGUGAUGGAUAUAAAUUCACUUUACAGCUUUUCCAGCCAAUGCCUAAGUUGUAAUAUUUUGUGAGAAGAAUAUAGUGGUCCUAAAAACUUUACGAAUCAAUGAGCUGCAUCAAAACUAUUUUAAACUUGCACGAAGAUUUUGAAUCAAAACUUUAGCCUGUCUCUUUUUAAAUCGGAGGUCCUAACUUCGUUAAUGUAUCCGAGGUCAGCUUUUUUGUUCAGCGCUUUCUUUGUUUAUGAACCUGACAAAAAAGUACUUAUGGCGUUGAAAACAGCAGACGUUAACGGAUGGCGGGAAAGUGUUUUGCCGUAAAGCUAAACGAGAGGCGUGUAUACACCCAUCCCUUCACUUAAAACUGAGUAGAAUUGGUUCAGUUUUCUAUUUUAGGCCGUUUUUAUGUACUCUUUGUAUGUUACAGUGUUUGUGAAACGCUCUUUUUUUGUUGCUUUUAAGGCCGAGUCCAACAUGAAUGACCUUGUGUCCGAGUAUCAACAGUAUCAAGAUGCCACUGCUGAAGAGGAAGGAGAAUUUGAUGAAGAAGAAGAGGAGGAAGGCGAAGCAGCAUAA